ACAUAUGUUUUAUGUUCCCUUAUAGCAGCGGAGAGGUGCGCAAAGUGCGCAGAGCGAAGAGAGAGGACCGUGGAUACAAAUCAGACUCAUUCUUGGGUAUUGCCUUCAUUACAGGCAGCCUCCCUCUGUUGCCACCUUAAACAAGUGCGGUGUUAAAAAAUGUCCUUUCCACCACUAAAAUCCGCUCUAGUGGCUGCAGUGGGAGACUUUUAAAUAUCGGCUGUAUAUAUAUAUCUAUAUUUAUAUUCCCUUCUUCCUCUCCGCGGCUUCGCCUUGUGGAUGCUACACUUGUCUUUAAAUCCGCUUUGCUGUUGUAUGGGGUUUCUCACUCCAGGAGGGCUGCUAUUUUUUUGGUGGGUGGGGGGGGGAACUGCUGAGCUCCGCAAGGAAGUUGCCCGAGGCGGACAGGGACCCGGAGGAGGAGUCCGCGCAGCAGGCUGGAGACGCUGCUCCUCACCCUUCACCUGCUCUCGGAUCAAUUGGAUCUCCUGAGGCUCCUCUGAUCAUGUGACCGGUGGAUUACGGGCUCAACUCCCCAACUAUAUAUUUUUCGACUCCGAGCUUCGCUGUUCUCUCCCCUUCUGGAAUAUGAUUCCCUCACGGCGCUUGACUGACUCCACCCCUUGCGUCCUUUACCGCUCCCUUUUUGACCAUUAGGAAGGAAGGCCCGACUUUUUAGAGAUUAGCCCCAAAAAAGCCAACCCUCCGUUUUGGAAUACCCAUCCGACACCCCCCCCCCCUGUUUUAAGACCCCGGCUCUUGCUCGGCGAUCAUGGAACCACAGUGGAGCCCGACUCCCUGCCGGCGGUCCCCCUCCGUCGUCUUCCUGCUCGUGGCCACCUCCUGCACCUGCCUCCUCCCCGUCACCGCCCCCCAGCGGGUCCCCAUAGACCCCCAGGCGGCGCCGGAGUACGCCCACUCCAUCCGGCUGGACGGCGACAUCAUCCUCGGCGGAUUAUUUCCCGUGCACUCGAGGGGGGACCGCGGCACGCCCUGCGGCGAGCUGAAGAAGGAGAAGGGCAUCCACCGCCUGGAGGCCAUGAUGUUCGCCGUGGACCUGAUCAACAAGGACCCCGAGCUGCUGCCCAACAUCACGCUGGGGGCCCGCAUCCUGGACACCUGCUCCAGGGACACGUACGCCCUGGAGCAGUCCCUGACCUUCGUGCAGGCCUUGAUCGAGAGGGACGGCUCGGACGUGCGCUGCGCCAACGGGGACCCGCCCAUCUUCACCAAGCCCGAUAAGAUCGUGGGAGUGAUAGGGGCGGCGGCCAGCUCGGUCUCCAUCAUGGUGGCCAACAUCUUGCGCCUGUUCAAGAUCCCUCAGAUAAGCUACGCCUCCACGGCCCCAGAACUGAGCGACAACACCCGCUACGACUUCUUCUCCCGCGUGGUGCCGCCCGACUCCUACCAGGCGCAGGCGAUGAUGGACAUCGUCACGGCGAUGGAGUGGAACUACGUGUCCACGCUGGCGUCGGAAGGAAACUACGGCGAGAGCGGCGUCGAGGCCUUCGUCCAGAUCUCCAGAGAAACCGGUGGUGUGUGUAUCGCCCAGUCCCUGAAGAUCCCCAGGGAGCCCAGGCAAGGGGAGUUCGACAAAAUCAUCAGACGGCUGCUGGAGACCUCCAACGCCAGGGCCGUCAUCAUGUUCGCCAACGAGGACGACAUUCGACGCGUUCUGGACGCAGCCAAAAAGAACAACCAGACCGGCCACUUCCUGUGGGUCGGCUCCGACAGCUGGGGUUCCAAAAUCUCCCCCGUGAUUGGCCAGGAGAGGGAGGCCGAGGGAGCCAUCACGAUUCUGCCCAAACGGGCCUCUGUAGACGCGUUCGACCGGUAUUUCCGUAGCCGCUCGCUGUCCAACAACAGACGAAAUGUUUGGUUUGCUGAAUUCUGGGAGGAAAACUUCAACUGUAAGCUGGGAAUGCAUGGUAAACGACCCGGCAUCCUGAAGAAAUGCACAGGCUUAGAGAAGGUGGGUCGCGAUUCCAGUUACGAACAGGAGGGAAAGGUGCAGUUUGUGAUGGACGCCGUGUACGCCAUGGCCCACGCCCUGCACCGCAUGCACCGGGAGCUCUGCUACGGGUACCCGGGCCUCUGCCCGCGCAUGGCCAGCAGCAUCGACGGCAAGGAGCUGCUCAGCUACAUCCGCGCCGUCAACUUCAACGGGAGUGCCGGCACACCAGUGGUUUUUAAUGAGAACGGAGACGCUCCAGGAAGAUACGAUAUCUUCCAGUACCAGAUCACCAACCGGUCCACGGCAGAGUACAGGGUCAUUGGCUCCUGGACCAAUAAGCUACACCUCAAAGUGGAGGCCAUGCGCUGGAAGAAAGGGGACCCGUCGCUGCCGCCCUCCGUGUGCAGCAUCCCGUGCCGCGCCGGCGAGAGGAAGAAAGUGGUGAAAGGCGUGCCGUGCUGCUGGCACUGUGAGCGCUGCGAGGGAUAUCACUUUCAGGCAUCCGAGUUCACCUGUGAACUGUGUCCGUACGAGAUGCGGCCCGACGCCAACCGCACCGGCUGCGUCUCCAUCCCGAUCAUCAAGCUGGAGUGGCACUCCCCCUGGGCCGUCUUCCCCGUCUUCAUCUCCAUGCUGGGCAUCAUCGCCACCUCCUUCGUCAUCGUCACGUUCGUGCGGCACAACGACACCCCCAUCGUGCGCGCGUCGGGCCGCGAGAUGAGCUACGUGCUGCUGACGGGCAUCUUCCUGUGCUACGCCAUCACCUUCCUGAUGAUCGCGGCGCCGGACGUGGGGGUGUGUUCGUUCCGCCGGAUCUUCCUGGGCUUGGGGAUGUGCUUCAGCUACGCCGCCCUGCUCACCAAGACCAACCGGAUACACCGCAUCUUUGAGCAGGGGAAGAAGUCCGUGACGGCGCCCAGGUUCAUAUCCCCCGCCUCCCAGCUCGUCAUCACCUUCUCGCUCAUCUCGGUUCAGCUGCUGGGCGUCUUUGUGUGGUUCGCGGUGGACCCCCCCCACACGGUGGUGGACUACGGCGAGCAGCGGACCCAGGAUCCCAAGUCGGCGCGCGGCGUCCUCAAGUGCGACAUCUCGGACCUGUCCCUCAUCUGCUCCCUGGGUUACUCCAUCCUGCUGAUGGUGACGUGCACCGUCUACGCCAUCAAGACGCGGGGCGUGCCCGAGACCUUCAACGAGGCCAAGCCCAUCGGAUUCACCAUGUACACCACCUGCAUCAUAUGGCUGGCCUUCAUACCCAUCUUCUUUGGCACGUCACAGUCCGCAGAGAGGAUGUACAUCCAGACCACCACGCUGACCAUCUCCCUCAGCCUGUCUGCCUCGGUGUCCCUGGGGAUGCUCUACAUGCCCAAGGUCUACGUCAUCCUCUUCCACCCCGAGCAGAAUGUGCCCAAGCGAAAGCGCAGCUUCAAGGCAAUUGUGACAGCUGCCACCAUGUCGGGGAAACUGAGCCAGAAGGGAGACCGGCCCAACGGAGAGGUGAAGACGGAGCUCUGCGAGAGCAUGGAGACCAACAUUUCAUCAACUAAGACGACGUACGUCAGCUACAGCAAUCACGCCAUUUGAACGGACCACAGAGGAAGAAGACAGGGAUUUGGACGGGAGAGGGGGAGGGGGGGG